AUGUCCAACUCUUUGCAACCACAUGGACUGCAGCAUGCCAGAAUUUUCUGUCCUUCACUGUCUCCCAGUUUGCUCAAACUGAUGUCCAUUGAGUCGAUGAUGACAUCCAACCAGCUCAAUCCCUGUUGUCCCCUUCUCUGCCUAUCCUCAAUCUUUCCCAGCACUAGGGUCUUUUCCAAUGAGUCGGCUCUUCACAUCAGGUGGCCAAAGUAUUGGAGCUUCAACUUCAGCCUCAGUCCUUCCAAUGAAUAUUCAGGGUUGAUUUCCUUUAGGAUUGACUGGUUUGAUCUUUUUGCCGUCCAAGGGACUCUGUAA